AGCAACGGCAUCGCUGCAGCCUCAGAGGCGGAGGGAAACGCGCUUCGAUCCUCUGGACCUGGGCUUGUGCAAGGCUUCCUGGACGACAGCCAUCGUCAUCUGCGCAAGAUGUCCCCAAGGGUGCCAGCGGUGGCGGUGCCAGGCGGACAGUGCGACUAUACGCGGUGCAGCAAGGCAGACUUGGUGGUGUGUGUAUGUGUCUGCGGAACUCACUCCUCCAUUGACUGGGAGGUUGUUGCGAAGGCAUCUGUGGCACGUGCGGCGACCCCCGGCCUCGACGUGCACCCGUGGAUUGUGUGGAAUGCAGCCUUAUUGCCAUUAGGGUGGAGUCCAAUAGAGUUACUGAAGAGAACCCAAGCCCAUCACCUUGUCUGGGACGCUUGCCAAGUGAGACGGACUGCAGCAGCAGCAAGCAGUACUGAGGCGAACGCGGAUCCUGCCACGCCCGGGGUAGUAACCCGAUUGCUCUCCGACGUUCUUUGUUUCCUGGGGGAACGCCUGCAGCGGCGCCUUUUAGCGAUUGUUUCGGAGAUCAGCCUCAACAAGCUGCGUGGGCCACCCGAGUCUGUGCAAGCGGAAACCUUUGCAGCUCAGCUUCUGCUGGUGGUUGUGCGCUACUUGCCGGGAGAGCACACCCUACCUCCUGCCGUCAUUAUUUCUCACGCCUUCACCGGGUCGUGGGAGGUGGCAAAGUCAGUACUCUCGCCUAACCAACGAGUAAGUGGCAGUGGCAGACGUGGCUCAGCCACGACCGCACAAUGUAAGGCAGCGCCACCGGCCCACUCCGUGCGAAUCAACAACCUUAUUUACUUCGAGGUCGGCGUGUCAAGGAGCUUCACUGCGAGAAAUCAUUCGACGCAGACGCUGCCGCUUCUGCUUUAUGCGCAACGUGUGCUGUCCGAGGUGGAGGAACACUACCGCGGCAUUGAGGUAGCGGCAACCGCUUCUGUAGGUGAAUUCGCUGUCGAGUCAGAGACACAAUCGAGUGUUUGCGGUGGGUUUCGCGCUUUCGUGUGUCGACCCUCAGGAGCACAGCACGAAGUUGGUGGGCGUGAUGGAGCGUAUUCAUGCAACUAUGUUGCACAGCCACGAGAAAAUCAAGAGGCCGGCAACCUCGAGCGUGUCGACAGAGGUGGUUCAAGGCACGUCUACUCGGCAGCGUUCUGCUUGGUCUCUAUGGGGGCGGGCACGUGGUGA